AUGACGAAGACAAUAGAUACGCCUAGUUUGGAGAAAGUUUCAAAGGAAUUAGAGCUUAAUGAAAUGUUUAAAGAAUUUUUUACAAACCAAGAAAUAUCUAAUUCUCAUAGUUAUUGUAAAGAAUUAGAAAAGUAUAAUAGCCUCCAUGGUGGAGUCAGCAAUCUGUGUAGCAAACUAGUAGGAUUUUUAGAAAGAAUCCCUCAAACAAUUGAUGGCACUAUGCGUAAUAAUUAUUGUGAAUACUUAACUUAUUGGAUGCAUGAUAAAGUACGUGAAAUAUAUACAGGCACUUCAGAAAAAACCGGUGAUAUACCAUUUUUUAAAGGUCUUAUUGAUGUGAUGGAUAAGGUUAAUGAUCAAAUUAAAGAAAAUAAGUGUAAAAUACAAUAUGAUUAUAAAAUUAGUUUAGAUGAAUGGAGAAAUAGGAAAUUUUCUUAUAUUUACUUAAAAAAAUAUAACGAUAUUAAAAAAAUUAUUAAUGGUGAAGCUAUAGCUAAAUGUAAUAUGUAUAAUACAUACCUGAAUAAAAUUAAAACAUUAUAUACAACGUAUAGGAUUAAUAAGUGCUCAGGUUUCUGGAUUUUUUAUUCUAUUCCUAAUUACGCUGAUUGUUAUUCUAAUCAUAAACCACAUGAACUCAUAUCUAUAUUAAAUAAUUGUAAAGGUAAAGGACACACAGCUGCUAUCGGUGCAAAUGAGGGACAUUUGGAAAAUGGGAAUGCUCAAGUAAGUGGGCAACAUGAAAAAGCUAAAAGUCAACCUGUUCCAGGUCUAGAAGGUUUAUCAAGUUCAUCAGAUUUACCACGUUUAUCAGAUUCAACAGGUCAAUCACAUUCUCCAGGUCAACAAGAUACAGUUGGAGAAUCACAUUCACCAAAGCCAGAAGAAACAGGUUAUUAUUUACAAGUUUUAUCAGAUUCAAGCAAAUUAACAUUAGAAGCUUCAGGAGCAGAAGAACCCGUAGAUCAUAGAUAUUCUAAUUAUUCUCAAACAGGACAUUAUAAUCCACAAGAGAAUUAUGAUCACCACCAUGCUGCUUCUACAAGCAUUCUUAUACCAUAUGAGGGUAUCACCAAUUUUUCUAAUUUUGUUCAAAGAAUAUAUGACAUAUUGAAUUCAAAUAAACUUCGUCACGUAAUCAUGGGUGCUUCAAUAGUUGUAGUAGCCAUCUUCCUCAUAUUUUACUUUUUAGUAACUAAGAUCUCUAUUUUAAAGGAUAACAAUCUUUUGAUGAUAUUGGCGCUUUCUAUUUAUGAAUGUAAUUAUGAA